GCCCUGUCCCUGCAGGAUGCCUUCCAGGAAGAGUACCACAGGUCGGGCAUCUUCCCAGACACACCCAUGGUGCCCUCCAGGAGGCCCUGGACACUAGUCAACUGGCUGUUUUGGGCCUCGUUGCUGCUCUACCCCUUCUUCCAGUUCCUCGUCAACAUGAUCAGCAGUGGAUCUUCUCUGACCCUGGCCGACUUUAUCCUCGUCUUCUUUGUGGCUUCCAUGGGAGUUCGAUGGAUGAUUGGUGUGACGGAAAUCUACAAGGGCUCUGCCUACGGCAACAUCGAUAGCAAGCACAAACAGAGUGACUGAUUCAGGGACAUCUUACCUUCCAAAGGAAGCCUUGGGAUAUUGGUUGACUCUGCAUAUCAUUCUGCUUAGUAGGACAGUGACAUGGGCUGUGUGAGCCUCUGCUGGGAAGAAAGCAAGUCAUGAUCUCUUGAAGCAGGGAGAGUGGUCUCAAAGCCAGAUGGGAAGGGAGAUGUUCUCAAAUCCUUUUUCCCCAGCCGCCUUGGUGGGUUUGGGUUUUCUUUCUUUACGUGUGGGUGUGAUGUGUGCGUAUGUGUAAGAGAGAGAGAAUAGGUGAGCAAGAAUGGAUGUGCACUUGAGUGUGAGCCUUGUUUUUUGAAAAUCCAAAGGUCUUCAGGCUGCAGCAGGAGGGAUGGGAUGGGGAAUGAACAAGGAAAAGGUUCCCUUUCAUCCUUUGGUGCUGAGUUUUCUGUAAUCCUUGAUUGCCAGAGACAGAAUGAAAAGUGCUUUAGGUAAAGACUAAAUUAUGCCUAAAAAAAAAAAAAUUAAAGUGUUUGUCUGGCUCAUCUGUGGUGUGUGUUUGCCCAGACCUCUUCCAUCCUCCCAUUUUGUCCUUGCACCAUGUGUCUUGGUGUUCUCACAAGGCUGGUUGGGCGGGUGACGUUUCCGGUUGGCAGUGGGUAUUCCAACAAUCAGACUGAUCCCUGGCAAUCCACCAAGAU